AAUGAAAUUUAGAGCAAUUGUGCUGCAUCCUUCAACAUCAUCAAUAUUAUUGUCUCAAUCAAUAAUAUCUUCGUCAACAUCAUCAACAUCAACAUCAUCAAUAUUAUUGUCUCAAUCAAUAACAUCUUUGUCAUCAUCUCCUGAAUCAACAUCAACACCACCUUAUCAACCAACACCAGUGGUAUUAGAACAAAUAAGUAAUAAAUAUAACUGCAUAUUAUGUGGUAAAUGGUUGAAAUCAAAAAUUACAUUAAGGAAUCAUGAAAACAAAUAUCAUAAAUUCAACAAAAUAAUUCCACAUUUUUCAGUUUUAUCAUCAUCUAAUGAUAUAGAAGAAUUAAAACAAUGUAUUAUAAUCAACAUUCAAAAAAAACUGGGAUUCAAUAGACAUCAUGUUGGAAGGAAUAAUUUAAGUAUAAUAUUAAAUAAUUAUAAAUGGUGGGAGAAAAAAAACAAUGCAACUGGUACAAUUUCUUUUGUUGUGAUGGAGGAUGAUGGAGUAGUAAAACCAGAAAUCAAAUUUCUUUGGAGAGAAAUUUUUUUAAAUAAUAUGAAAUGUGGAUUUUGUAAGGUUGAGUUUAAUGUGAAUUCUAAAUAA